AUGGAUCUACGGCCAAAUCGACAAAAAAUUGUGGAUGCUUUAAUUGCAUCGGGAAUACAAUUUCCUGAAUCAGCAACAAUGAGCCAGUUAAGAAGUUUAUAUGAUUCCCUAAAUAUGAAUGAAACCCGUAAUAAUGAGCCAAUUCCAUGUGAUGUAAUGAUUGCUUCUCCUGAAACUCUUGAUUUAACUUCCGAUUCCAGUAUUGCUGUAUUAACAUCUGAAAAUUCGAUUACGACUUCCGCAGCUGUUUAUACAUCUUCCGUUACAACUUCCGUCACAACUUCCGUUACAACUUCCGCUUCUUUUACUUAUGCAAAUCCCAUUAUAAUUUCUGCAAGAAUGCCUGAAACAAUAUUUGGUGCAGCUUCUCCUUCAGCCGCUGCAUUAACUGAUGCUACAUCAAUUGUAAACAAUGGAUUACCAAGGUGUACUUCUGUUUAUUCAAAUUUAUCGAGAACAGUCCCUCCUGUUACUAAUACUACUGCAUCAUCUCAAGAAUUAGAGCUUGAAAAUCAAAUUAAGAUUUUAAAAAUGCGAUGUGAGAUGAUAAAUCUACAAAAACAGCUUAACGAUUUGGAACAUAACACAGUUAGUAAUAUGCACAGGAUUAAUUACGAUGAAUUAGACAAAAUGGUUCCGAAAUUCGAUGGAAAUAACGAUGGUGAUAUUGUGAAAUGGUUUAGAAAACUUGAGGAAUAUACCUAUAAUUAUAAUGAUGAAGAAAGACUAUUAUGUCUUAAGUGGUUAUUGCAAGGAACAGCUAGAGAAUUUAUGGAGAACUCAAAUAACUGGACAUAUGGUGAUUUAAAAGUGUCUCUGUUCAAAAUAUUUAGAAGGGAUAUUACUCGUGAGGAUGUAUAUCGCAAAUUACGUACACGCACUUUGAAACCUUCUGAAUCCUGCAUUAGUUACAUCAUUUCCAUGCAAACCAUCGCAUCACAAGCUGAAAUUGAAGGCCAGGAACUUGUUGACAUUAUUAUUGAUGGUAUGCAAGACAAUUCUAACAACAUUUCCUUAUUGUAUGGUUCAACUUCUGUGGAAGAAUUGAUUGCUUGCAUUGAUAGAUAUGAAAAACGUCGUGAGAAAACACAAGUAAAAAAGCCAAGUAACAAUGACAAUAAACAAGAUUCCAAACGCUGUUUUAAUUGUUCUCAAUUUGGUCACAUGAAAAGUUCAUGUCCGAAACCUAUACGUCCUCCUGGGUCAUGUUUUAUUUGCAAACAAAUGGGACAUAUUUAUAAAAAUUGUCCUAACCGUCAACCUGUUUCAGCAUCUAUUUUUCCAGAAACGAUCGUCAAUACUAAUGAUGUAGUUGAUCCAAUGUUAACGGUGAGUGUGGCAUUUUUCAUACCUCUAAGAAACAAAUAUGCUAAUUAUUUUAAUGUUUCAUGUCUAAUUGAUUCGGGUAGCCCAAUUAGUCUAAUUUCAAAUGCUGUUGUGCCAAAAUCCAUUCAACUUUCUGAAGAUCUUCUUCCAACUCGUUAUGUUGGAAUUGGAAACUGCAAUGUGAAAAUACACGGCAAACUUUUAUGUUCAAUUAAAUUUCAAAAUACAGUUAAAUUUAUUGAAUUACUUGUAAUACCAGAUAAUGAUAUAAAAAUUCCUGUGAUUUUAGAUGAAAAUAAUGUACGCAUAUUUGAUUCUACAGAGGAAAUAAAUAAUAUAGAAGAAAUUUCUUUGGUGUCUAAAAUUAAUGAUAAAGUUAACUCAGAUUUUCAUGUGGGUAAUGGACAAGAAAAUUCAAAAGAUUACAUUAAUUAUAAUUUGAAACUUAAUGAGGAACAAAUAUUUAAAUUAAAAAACAUAGUUGAUAAAUAUUAUAUGAAUCCAACAGAUAUUAUUAAAAAACCACAUGACUACACCAUGAAAAUUCGGUUAUCUGAUAAUGUGCCAGUUUAUAGUCCUUCUCGUCGUUUAUCAGUACGAGAUCGUGAUGAAGUUCAAAACAUAAUAUCUGAUCUGCUGUCUCGAAAUAUUAUACGACCUAAUUUUGUUUUGAAGAACAAUAUACAGCACAUUAAAGUAGCAGUAGCAUCUCCUCAAGCUAAUGGUCAAGUUGAACGAGUAAAUCGAGUGAUAAAAGGGAUUUUAAGUAAGAUAAGUAAUCCAAUUGACCAUGCUGAUUGGUCCUUAAAAUUAUCUCAAGUUGAGUAUGCCAUAAAUAACACCGUACAUAGCUCUACAAAAGACACACCAAGUAAAUUAUUAUUUGGUGUGAAACAACGCGGUACAAUAAUUGAUACUUUAACAGAAUAUUUGGAUGAUAAGGUAGAAACCCAGGAUGGUCGAGACUUAGUAUCACAACGAUUAAGAGCAUUAGAUGAAAUUGAACGAUCUCAGAAACACAACGAGAACUAUUUUUACAAACGUCAUGUACCUGCUAAACAAUAUUCAGUAGGAGAUUAUGUUGUAGUCAUGAAUACUGAUAAUACUGUUGGUAAAAAUAAAAAAUUUAUCGAGAAAUAUCGCGGGCCUUUAAUUGUAGAAAAGGUAUUAUCUAAUGAUCGUUAUAUUAUAAAGGAUGUUGAUAAUUGUCAGCUUACUCAAAUUCCUUACAAAGGAAUUGUAGAAGCUAAACGACUUAGAAAAUGGGUAACACCAAAUUAA